UUGUGGCAGCUCCUCCUCCAUUCUUAUCCUCCCAGUGACUCACCCUCCUUCCCUCCCCUUUAUAGCGGCCGCGCCGAUCGAUCCUUUCUCAUCGACGGGCAAACACAAUCGAAAUCUCACGGGUUGAUUAUCCCGUUAUCGUCUGCUUCCUCUUUCCUGUCGUUUGAUCUGAUCUGAUCUGAUCGGCAUGGGGACUCAGAUGGACGCGUACCUGCUGUUCCGCCGGGCCGCGGAGCCCAAGAUCGCCGCCUACGACGAGCAGGACGAGGACAUCGGCUCGGCGUCCGAGUCCGAGUCCACGUCCAGGAGCUCGGCGGCUUCCUCGUCCUCGGAGCUCGCCGACGACGCGACCUCCUCCUUCGGCUCGGCCGACCACUUCGAGAUGUCCGCCCUCAUGACGCAGCUCCCCUUCAAGAGGGGGUUGUCCAAGUUCUUCGACGGCAAGUCGCAGUCCUUCGCGUCGCUGGCGGCGGUGGGAUCCCUGGAGGACCUGGCCAAGCCGGCCAGGAAGCGCCUCAAGCCGUCACGGAGCUGCGGGGGAGGCCUGGACGCGCACCGAGGUCGAUUCCUCUCGCCGCGCCGGCAUUGCCCCAAGGCCGCCAGGAAGGCUGCCACGAGGGCCGCACUCUCGGUGCUCGGGACCUCGCCGAGGAGGCCGCCGCUGGCGGUCGCUGCAACGCCGAGGCUGGCCAGCAACGCCCUGGUCGUUAGUUAGGAAUUCGGCAUCGCUCCGCCUAACACUGACGCGCAGCUACGGGCCAUUGCGUUCAACUGUGUCUAGGCAAAUAGGCAACGGCGUCUACGGAAUCUGUUGGGUGCUCUUCUCCAUUGUGUUUAUGUUCUUUGUAGACGAGAUUGUGUAAUAUACUUCCUAGGUUUAAUUAGAGCGUAAUGGUCGCUUGAAAUGGAGAUACUGUACGUCUUCAGCAUGUGUCUACUGAGACGAAAUUGCGAGCUAGCGUGAAAUUGCUGUGAGUCAAUACGGGGGGGUAAUGACAGAUGGGCUCAACAUAGUGGAUUUUCCGUAUCA